AUGAAAGAAGGAGAAGCAGAAGAGUUAAUUAUGGCGUACAUCGACCCAAGCAAGAAGAGAACGGCUGAGGCCCUGGCGCAGAGCAUAAAAGGGAACAACGAAGAAGUAAAUGGCUUCCUAAAGGGCCUUUUCUCAGAGAACCCGAGAAUCAAAGAAAUAUCUGCUCUUUUCCUCAAAAGAUCUCUGGCUCUUUCGCUCACGCAGAACAUGCCCAAUGCCCCAGAGUAUCCUGCUGUAUUCCACAAGCUGUGCAGUGCGCUGUCUAAUGACGCCACAAAGGCAAACAGCCUUAUCUACGAAACCAUUUCCACCAUAAAGGACGCGCUAACUAUAGAUGAUCUUUUCAGGGCUCUUCCUAUCCCUGAAAUAGACCCAAGCGCGCUCCCUGCAUCUCUCCUUGAUUUUAACACGGUAAAGAUGCUCACUAUCUUAAAUAGGUACACAGAGAAGUACAAGAGUAAGGAGAAGUCAAACGAGCUGUACUCAGAGAUAAACCACCUAAUAGAGAGCACAGGCCCGUAUAUGAUGCACAUUGUACAGGAGAUAGCAACGAGCAAAGAGACAGGACUAGCCCAGCACGCAUUUAUAAAUAUAUACCAAAUGGUGCUAAACAUACUGGUCCAUGACUUGCCAGACUACUACGAAGAAAUGAUAGACACGCUGACUGCCACCCUAUACAGCAGUAAUGUGUCCAGCAGUAGCAAUACUGAUCCAUACAGCAGCACUGCCUUAUAUGGCAAUGCCAGUAGGUCUAUUGCCCUGCUGAGAAUAAGAGUCUCUUCUGUGCUUGUCUCUAAAUACUCAGAUGCAUACACUUCCUACACUGUGUUCAUAAACAGCCUGCACUCGCUCUACGAAGAGGCAGAGACCAUGGACGAAGGCGUGCAGAUAGAGUUUCUGCAGUAUUUAAAGACACUGCUUAGCAAUACAGAGAUCCUUAAUGCCGUCAUACCCGUAUCUACUGCACAGAGCACAGUAAAUGCUGUCAAAGCAAAAGCAAACAUCCUAAGCAACGGGAUACUGGUUAUGCUGCUGAACAAGAUAGAAAUAGACGACUCCUUAGGAGAUGCAGAGUAUGUGCAGUCUCUUCUGGAAGGCGAUCCUUUCUCCCUCAAAGACAUAUCGUCUUCCAUCAUAGCUGAUCUGAUAGCCAGGGACCCUCAGCUGGUGGCAGAGAUACUUGCACAAGAACCAAAUCAAAAUCUUCUUUAUUUAUUUUUAUAUCUUAUCAGAAUAAAGUAUAAGCCGCAUGGAACAGCCAAAUGGAUAGACUUUGCAGUCAGCAAUAUCCUAGAAGAUAGAGGCGCAGAUCUAGUAAGUCUCAGCAUAUCCUGUACUAUUCUUAUAACUGCCAUCAAUAACCAUACGAUUGAGAUAGAAAGCAUCCUUCCCAAGCACACAGCGCUGCUUACUAAGCUCUCAAGCACCCUGCUCUCUAAUGCGCCCCCUGUGGUACUUCUGUUCCUAGAGCUAAUACACACUCUGUGCACACAUAGUACACAGGGUGCAGAAAUACCUGUCUCUCCCAACACUCUUCAGCACCUGAUGAGCACUCUAGCCCAUGGGAAUACAAACAGCACCAUAGGCCAGGGGCUGUUCCAUCUGCUCAGGAUGUCCAACACAGCAGACACUCAGUACUACGCAGAGACAGCCAGUGCCCUUCUUAUCUCGCAGGUAGACACCGUAGGAUCCACUCGGCUCGUUAAGUCUCUCUGGGACAUCAUCACUCUGCACGCCCUGAAGAGCACAGACAAUCUAGCUAUUCCCACAGAGCUGAUAGUGCACUGCAUAAACAACAACCUGUACGAGUACUACACAUACUCUCUGCAGCUGCUCAGCAUAAUCAACGUAGCAUACGGCAUACAGUACUAUACAGACAUAUCCUACAGCAUACUCAGCAAUAAUAGUCUGUGGGACAAUAAGCCUUUAUUAGUGAGCCUCACAUACCUAGCUGUAUCCCUCAGCAACAGACAGCUGUACGAUGUAACAACAGUGAUAAAGUACAUAGCAGCAGACGAUGCAGCAAUAGGCAUCGUAGGAAGAUACCUAAAUACCUACAGCAUACUAACUAUAUACAACACAGGCACUGUAAUAGUGCAUCUUCUCAUACGCUACAUAAAGGUACUAGUCACUACUGAGUAUACAGAAGAGCUGGAUAAGACCGUAAGAAUGUUCAUAGACAAACCGAUGGUGCAGGAGGAAGACACAGCAGACAGCAUAUCCACGCUAGAAAGAUAUCUACUGCAGCACAAAGAGUCUGCAGAUAUAACCAAUAGAGUAAGCAUCAUACUGAGCAAGCUAAAGAACAGACAGCAGAGGAUAAAAGAUGAUCCGUGGUCUCUUUCUUUGGUCUCUAGUGUGUUCAGCAGAGUGUAG